UUAUUUAUUUUUUUCCUUCACACGAAUGUGUCCAGUCAGCCUGCACUUGGGAGGUUCAUUUUGUCUGUUGCACUGCUCACUGGGUCGUGUUCAACUUCACUUCCCUGAGUGCUUAGAAGAGGGGCUGGCAUUGUGUGCAGUUGAUUUGCAGGGACUUGGGCCAGUGAGUUUAGUCUUUAGGAUAAACUCAGACCUCAAGACUCUUAAUCCAGAGCUGCGGGUGAACUUGGGAAAUGAAUGGGCACCUUCCAUGCCAGGGGCCCCCACGAGGGACAGAGGCACCCCAGACAAAGUCCUUAGCAUCUCUGCUUUGAAUGGAGACCCCUGGAGCCCGGGGCAGACCACCGACUGGAAGAAUCAUCCAGAGACGCUGAGUUUCCGAAUACGACUGGAAAGCAGAGAGCUGGUCAUAAACCUCGAAAGAAACGAGGGACUCAUUGCCAGUGGAUUCACAGAAACCCACUACCUGGACGACGGCACAGACAUCUCCUUCACAAGAAACCACGCGGGUCACUGCUACUACCACGGACAUGUGCGAGGGCAUCCCGGGUCCACGGUCAGUGUCAGCACCUGCUCUGGCCUCAGGGGACUGGUCAUAUUUGAAAACCAAACCUACAUCUUAGAACCCAGCACUGGCGCGACUAGUGGUUACACUCUCCUCCCGGCAGAGAGCCUGGAUGGCACCUGGGGGUCCUGCGGUGUCCCCCAUCCCCUGGCACACGCUGAGGAUCAAGGAAGCCCCCCACCCUCGAGGACCUGGGCCAGAAGGCAGAAAAGAGAGACCCUCAGAAUGACUAAGUAUGUGGAGCUGGUGAUCGUGGCAGACAACCGAGAGUUUCAGAGACAAGGGAAAGACCUGGAAAGAGUGAAGCAACGAUUGAUAGAGAUCGCUAAUCACGUGGACAAGUUUUACAGACCCCUCAACAUCCGAAUCGUGCUGGUGGGCGUGGAGGUGUGGAACGACAUUGACAAGUGCUCCAUUAGCCAGGACCCGUUCACCAGCCUCCACGAGUUUCUGGACUGGAGAAAGAUGAAGCUUCCUCGGAAGUCACACGACAACGCGCAGCUCAUCAGUGGGGUGUAUUUCCAAGGAACCACCAUCGGCAUGGCCCCCAUCAUGAGCAUGUGCACCGCAGAGCAGUCUGGGGGUGUGGUCAUGGACCACUCAGACAGCCCCCUGGGUGCGGCUGUGACCCUGGCACACGAGCUAGGCCACAAUUUCGGGAUGAACCACGACACCCUGGAGAGGGGCUGUAGUUGCAAGGCCACGGCGGACAAAGGAGGCUGCAUCAUGAACCCGUCCACUGGGUACCCCUUCCCCGUGGCGUUCAGCAGCUGCAGCCGGAAAGACCUGGAGGCCAGCCUGGAGAAGGGCAUGGGCGUCUGCCUCUUCAACCUGCCCGAGGUCAAGCAGGCCUUCGGGGGCCAGAAGUGCGGGAACGGAUACGUGGAAGAAGACGAGGAGUGUGACUGCGGGGAGCUAGAGGAAUGCACCAACCCCUGCUGCAAUGCCACCACCUGCACCUUGAAGCCGGCAGCGGUGUGUGCCCAUGGGCAGUGCUGUGAGGACUGCCAGCUCAAGCCUGCUGGCACAGCGUGCAGGGACUCCAGCAACUCCUGUGAUCUCCCCGAGUUCUGCACCGGGACCAGCCCCCACUGCCCGGCCAACGUCUACCUGCACGACGGGCACGCCUGCCAGGGGGUGGACGGUUAUUGCUACAAUGGCAUCUGUCAGACCCACGAGCAGCAGUGCGUCACGCUCUGGGGACCAGGUGCGAAGCCCGCCCCGGGGAUCUGCUUCGAGAGAGUCAACUCGGCGGGCGACCCCUACGGCAACUGCGGCAAGGACUCCAGGAGCGCCUUCGCCAGGUGUGAGAUGAGAGACGCCAAGUGCGGCAAGAUCCAGUGCCAAGGCGGGGCCAGCCGGCCAGUCAUCGGUACCAACGCCGUUUCCAUAGAAACCAACAUCCCGCUCCGAGAAGGUGGGAGGAUCCUGUGCCGGGGGACCCACGUUUACCUGGGUGAUGACCUGCCGGACCCGGGGCUUGUGCUGGCGGGGACCAAGUGCGCAGACGGAAAGAUCUGCCUCAACCGCCGCUGUCAGAACAUCAGCGUUUUUGGUGUUCACGAGUGUGUGAGCCGCUGCCAUGGCCGUGGGGUGUGCAACAACCGCAAGAACUGCCACUGCGAGGCGCACUGGGCGCCCCCGGACUGCGGCAGGCUGGGCUUCGGAGGCAGCACGGACAGCGGCCCUGUCCGCCGUGCAGAUAACCAAGGCGUGACCAUCGGGGUCCUGGUGAGCCUCCUGUGUCUCCUCGCUGCCGGCUUUGUGGUUUAUCUCAAAAGGAAGCCGCUGCUCCGGCUGCUGUUUACAAACAAGAAAACCACCAUUGAGAAGCUCAGGUGUGUACGGCCCCCGCGGCCAUCCAGCGGCCCCCAGCCUGGCCAACCUGCCCUACCCCACAUGGGCAGAGGACCCCUGAGGAUGCCACCACAUACCAGUUCACUGAAGGACAAUCCCAGGAGACCAGUGUGUCUGAACGUGGACAUCAGCAGACCUCUCAACCUCGCUGACGUCCCUCAAGCCAGUUCACCUCAUCGAGUGCUCCGGCCCCUCCAGCCGGCUCCCCGUGCCCCCAGCGUCCCUGCUAGACCCCUGCCAGCCAUCCCUGCCCUCAGGCAGGCCCAGGGACCUCAGAAGCCCAGCCCCCCCCAGAAGCCCCUGCCCGCAGGCCCCAUGAGCAGGACACCCCAGGUCGCCGCCACCCUGGCCAGGAGGCCAGUGCAGCCAGAGCCAGGACCCCGCCUGGUGCCCAGCAGGCCUCCCCCGAAACAGCCCCAGCGAGCGCCCCGACCAGGCCCACCGGCCUCCUCAAGUGAGAAGCCAAGCCCAGUGAAGCCCCAGUGAAUUCACAGUUUGCACUACCCCCUGCCCCCCUCCGCUGGGAGGUGACGCUUCUCCACGACCCCCGGACUGUCCUCCCGCCCCUCCCCACCUGGUGCUGUGAGGGCUCUGAGCUCCCACCCUGGUGCUGCCUGUCAACUCACUCAGGUACUCCUAACUCAUGCCGGUGCGACUUAUGCCGGUGCGAGCCGCCCGGUGGACUUGAAGUGGGCUCUCGAGGCGUCCAGGCUCAGCAGGUAGUCCCCCCCAUCACAGAGUCCCCCGGCCCUGCCCGGGGCCCGAUACCCCACUCUGAUCACAGCUCAGCACAUCCUCACCCUGUCCGGACAGACAGGCUUGUCCCUGGGGCUGCAGCGACUCUCCAACAUGAACCGAGGGGCAGGGCUGGUGAAACCCAUCUGUGAAGGCUCAGUGUUCUCACAAGUCAGCGAGAGGCCGCGGCCCGUGUUCCGUGUUCGCGUCCUAGCACAAACGGACAGACAGCUGCUGAUGACUGUAGUGAGGCCUCCUCUUCUCCUGGCUGGGCUGCCGGAACCGUGAGAAGCUGGGCAGAGUCUGAGUCUGCACCUCGAACCCUGGCAACCUUCCUGGGGAGGGGGGGUGGGGCAGGGAUGGUAAGGAGGUUCUGCGCUGAGCCCAAGAACUUCGGUCCCUGCAAGGAGGUGUGACCCACAAUGUCACCUCCCUUCCCUGCCCAUUGACGCCAGCCGGCCCCUCGUGACGCCAGCCCAUCCGUCCUGUCUGUCAGUCACCCAGCAUGUCCCCAGCUGUCCUGCUGUUGAGGUCACUGGAGCCCGCUCUUCAGCAGGAAGCAGAAAGAUCAAAGCAAGUACCACCGAGGUGAGAAUCUCGAGGUGCCUUCCAUGAAAUGGAGCUGCAUCCCACUCCCCCCCCCAUAUCUAGGCAACACAGAGCUUGGGGUUGAGGACACAGGGGACACGCCUGCAUCACGCACGCACACGCGCACACACACAGAGCCUGCCCCACAGGGGUCUCACAGCACACAUCCAUUGAGCACGCAGCUAUUGAUCGCGGAAAACAGCCACGUCCGUGGCAAGCGCUGCUGACGGGCGGAGAAUCACUAAGGGACCUUGUCAUCCUGUGAAGACCAAAAAAAAAAAAAAACCCUCUUGAGUUUACAGCAUCUUGAUGGUGCAUCUCGUGGGGCUGCCUCCCGUCCUCAGAGCUGUGCCCUUUUGUUCUCCUUGUGGACGAGGGUGUGAGCGUGACUCUUUCUCAUGGCCUCUCUCCCGGGAGAGUGGGAUUCACGGCCCACCCUCUCUCCCUCCCUCCCGCCCUCCCCAGGAACCGGGGACCAGGAGGACUUAGCUGAGGCAGGGGGGCAGGGGGGCUGACACUGUGAUUUUACUCCUUGUUGUCACUUGGGGGCAAGGCUGGCGGCCGGCCUCUCUCUCUCUCUCUGCCAUUCCCCGCUGCUUUAACGGAGCUACACCGCCUCCUAGACCGACACACGCUCAGACCUCUGGACACACAGACAGCAGUAUCCUUCAAGCAGCAGGCAUCCCUCCCAAAAGGUGACCUUUCUCCGACAGGACUGAGUCUCAGCACUCAGCUCCACCAUAAUCGAACUUAGGCUAAAGGAACCAGUAGCCAGAUUUGGCUGUUUUUCUGCGGGGAGGUCCUUCUUCUGGUCCAUUAUCUAUAUAGACCAUAUAUAUAUAUAUAUAUAUAUCCUCCUCAUAGCUGAUGGGAACAGAGGCCAAUAAUCAGAUUUCCAAGGCGGUCUAUUUUUGAAUCGUUUUUACAGUGUUCUAGGCAUGUGUGCACAGGCCUGCUCUCAGGCCUUUACUGAGCCAGGCCCUGAUCCUGGGGGCUCACAGCCCCCUCCCUCUCCUGUCGGUGCUGUGCCCACUUGUAGGAAGGUGCUUGGCUGGUCUCCCAGGCAAUUCUGCAGAGUGGGUCUUUCUGUUUUUUUUUUUGGGGGGGGGCAGUUUGUUUUCCCAACAGCAGGGAGUCGUAGCCAUAGAAGCCCGUCAGUGUCCAGAAUUCCCAGUUGGGAUGCUGUGCUGCACUCCCCUCCGGCUCCCACACAGGGCGACGUCCUAGGAAGCCGGGGGCAGCGGUUCUGGGUACAGGAGGGGAACCUGGCUCCCCAUGGGGUGUCUCUGAGGAGCCACCCACCCCUAGGCCUCCAUGACUGACUCCUCAGGUGAAGGCCCCGGAGCCACUGCUGUCUAGCAGAUGGGUACAGCCUGAUACACCCCUCCGUGGCACCCCCAAAAGAAAGACCUUGUGCCCAGGACGCCCCCACCCCUGGUGCUAAGAUGCCUGGUGCAGGGCAUGCUGGGAAGACAGCUUCUCGGUGCCUACUCAGCACCCUGAGCCGAGAGCCGCCCACAGCAGGGAGGACCUGGGUUCUGGGGACAGGAGGCCCAGAGCUGAACUGGGGGGAUCCCUCCUCACUGCCUUCAAACUGGCUCCCGUUGAACGCCAGGGCCCCAAGCCACGUCCCCCUGGGGCUCCCCAGUGUCACAGCACCCCUGCCCAGGCUGGGCCAGACUCUCAGGUACUGCCAGUCCCCACCACCUGCCCCAGCUAGAAGCCAGUCCUGGGGCCACACCUCCUCCCAGUAGGCACCGGACACACACCCCCUCCCCCGGCAAGGCGAGUCCAUUGCUCUGCCUGGGCCCUGGGCCCUGGGCCCGAGUCCCUGCCCGGCCACACACCACACCGUUACUAGUCUGUGUGUACCACCUUCCUGUCAGCUCAAGUAGAGCCUUCAUGGAGAAGGCGCUCCCACUGGGGACCCACUGCCUGGCCUUCUGCAGGCACCCACCAGCCUCGAACCCAGCCCCCCCAUCCCCCCCAAACACACACACACAAACACACACACACACACACAGGCAUAUGGCCCAAGGUGACUUCCCUGCUGAGGUCCCCUUCCGGUGAGCUGGUGGCCGGGGCCUCUCAGCUUCUCUGCGGACCCACAGUCCACUUGACUGACUCCCACGUCCCGGCUGACAGCAAAAGCUCUCGCAGCCACGCUAAAGAGGAAGGGUCCUGGACCCCGUGCUCAGAGCUGUUUCUGGGCAGGGCAAAAAGCCAUUUGCCCACCGCUGAGAACUUUGAAACCGGCUUAGAAAUGGCUUGGAAAAUGGCUUAAAAGCUAUUUGCCCACCGCUAAGAACUUCUUUUUGGAUCUUUUUCUUUGGGUGGGGGGGAUGAGGUUUAGGGGCGCACACACUAGAUUUCACUGCUCCAGGCCAUUUCUUCAUUCAGACUGGCACAGGGGACGUGGGAGGGGGUGGAGACAGUGCCCCCCACAUGGUGCUGGGGCUCAGACCCUCACACACACAGCUCUGCAGGCAGCCACCUGUCUCUUACCCGUCUCUGAGCUCCUUCUGAAGAGGAGCUGUCCACCCCACACUGAGCUGAUUUCCCAUGCAGACAAAAGAGUCCUGCGACCUUGGUCAGCUUAACAGAGGGCAGGGCGGUGCCGGGUAGGGGCACCUGCUCAGGGCGGGGGUAGAACAGCCCAUCUCCCACGUGUGCAAGACAGAGAACGGGCCGCCCUGCUGAAGGCCGGGGCACGCCGCCAGGGUCUGCCGGUCUCUUGUACCUGCCGGCAGGUGGUAGGGCGAGCCCGGGCCCAUGCCAGAGAACUCUCUGGAACCAGCGCCCCUCCCUUCACGCCGCUUCAGUCCUUGGAGCCUGCCCGCGGGCCCGCCUACAUUCCAGUCCUCCGCUCCUUGCUCCUUGUGUACUCACCUGGGCAUUCACAGGUGAGCGCUGCCUGCUGUUUCUAUGGGGGGGAUCAAAGCCAUUGUUAAGAAUAUUAUAGCCAAUAAACGGUAUGCAGGUCCAUGUGAAA